AAAGGUCAUGAUUUCGAAACUACCCUUCGUAAAAUUUUUAAUGAUGCUGGGUUUAUAGUACAAAAGAUUCAAGUUACUGAAGGUGAUGGAGGUUUAGAUAUGAUAGUUUCUUAUCAAACCAAUCAAAUUUGUGUCCAAUCUAAAGAUACGGAAAAUCCACUAAUUUUAAAAUAUGUUAAGGACUUAGAGUCAACAAUGAUGCAUCAUAAACAUUCUCUUGGAAUGUUGAUAUAUAAUAGUUCAACGAUGAAAAAAGAAAAAUAUUUAACCAAACAAGCUUCUAUUUGGUUAAACAAUUCACCUCAAGAUAUUAUUGUCUGUAACGAAAAGCAGGUUAUAGAAGAAAUCAAAAAUUUCUUCAAAAUUAAAAAUGAGGAAGAACCAGAGGAACUAUCAAUCAUGGAUUUUAAAGCUGAUUCUUUUGCUUUAAUGGGAAUUGUUG